GGAAUCGGCACGGCACGCGUGUAAAGAAGGUUCUGGAAGAAAGAUUCGCAGUGAGCUUGAACACUCUGAGAGGUCUAAUCGUUGUCUUCAUUUAAGCGUUUUCUUUUACAGUCAACAUGGUCAAGGAAACCGGUUUUUAUGACACGCUUGGCGUUAAACCUACUGCGACUCCUGAAGAGCUGAAAAAGGCAUAUCGCAAGCUAGCCUUAAAAUAUCACCCUGACAAAAAUCCUGCUGAGGGAGAAAAGUUCAAACAGAUCUCGCAGGCAUAUGAGGUGUUGUCAGAUGCCAAGAAACGAGAGCUGUAUGACCGUGGAGGUGAAAAGGCCAUAAAGGAAGGAGGAACAGGCGGCGGCGGCGGUGGUGGCUUCGCUUCGCCUAUGGAUAUCUUUGACCUAUUUUUUGGUGGUGGCAGUCGAAUGCACAGAGAGCGAAAAGGAAAGAAUAUUGUUCAUCAGAUCACAGUGACUUUGGAGGAUCUUUACAAUGGAGCCACAAGAAAACUUUCUGUCCAGAAGAACUGUAUUUGUGAGAAAUGUGAAGGUCGUGGGAGUCGCAAAGGAGCUUUGCAGAUGUGCAUGUCCUGCCACGGCACAGGGAUGCAGGUCCGCAUGCACCAGUUGCUUCCAGGUAUGGUUCAGCAGGUGUCCACAGUGUGCCACAGCUGCCAGGGUCAGGGACAGAGAAUUAACCAGAAGGACCGCUGCAAAACCUGUGGAGGCCGGAAGAUACUGCGGCAGAAGAAGAUCCUGGAGGUCCACAUUGACAAAGGAAUGAAAGAYGGUCAGAAAAUCAUUUUCCACGGUGAAGGAGACCAGGAGCCAGGACUCGAACCCGGUGAUAUCAUCAUCGUCCUCGACCAGCAGGAGCAUCCGUUUUUCACCAGGAGAGGAGAAGACCUGCUCAUGUCGAUGGAGCUGCAGCUGGUUGAGGCUUUGUGUGGUUUCAAAAAGCCCGUUCAGACGCUGGACAACAGAACUCUUCUCGUCACGUCACAUCCAGGAGAAUUAAUCAAGCCUGGAGACACCAAAUGUGUGUUAAAUGAAGGAAUGCCCACAUAUCGCAGACCGUUUGAAAAGGGACGUCUUAUUAUCCACUUUUCGGUGGUGUUCCCUCCAGCCAACUUUCUCCCCAAGCGCAAGCUGAAGGAGCUGGAGCGCUACCUGCCAGGAAAGCUGGAUGCAGAGCAGCCAGAGAGCAUGGACGAGGACCUCUACAUCUACGCCGACCUGGAGGACUGUGACUUGGAGAGCAGAAGGCGACACAGACAUCAGUACUACUACAUGGAUGAAGACGACUACGCCAGCACCGGCGGCGUUCAGUGCCACACGUCUUAAAGCACAGCUUGGCCUCUGCUGGUUCCAAAUUCCUUCUCUCUGAUGCAACAAUGCACCUUGUUGGAAAUUUGUGCACUUUUUUUUUCAACUUGUUGCUUUUCAUAGUUUAAAAAAAUUUUGGAAUCUUAAAAUGGUGUCACAGAUCCCUGUUUGUUCACAUUGAUUUUUUAAAGGAGUGUUAAAGCAGAGUUUGCUCAGGUUCCAGAACUUGAUUUUUGGACUACUUCUUUUUUUUAUUAUUAUUUUAUUUCAUUUCUGGGACCAAGUUUUGAUCCUACCCCACUGUGGUUAAAAAUGAGUGCAGGUGUCACAGGAAAGAUAAAUAUGUUGACAUUCUGCUUUUAAAGCAUUAACACUAAAACUUAUGCCAAUAUUAACAUGAUUAUAACCUUUUUACAUAUAGUGUUAAUCAGUGGUGGCAAACCACGUUUGGAGGACUCAUCCGUUCAUUUGGGUUCAACGACCCAAAGUUCAGGUCAUAGUGRUGGAUAUGUGUUGAAACAUUUAUGCUGGCUUACCCUUUUCAAGGGCUAUUUCUAAAACAUUUCUAAUCAUUCUUGAAAAUGUGAUAAAAAUGCUUGGAGGCGUUCAGGUUCAAGCCACUGAGUUGUAGAAUAUUUAAACUAAUAUUUAAGUUUUGUUUCAUGUUUGACCUCGUCUGAGCUGAAGUUUUGUCUGGGAGCGUCGCAUCGGGUGCAUAGACAAGUUUGUGCGUGUUUUUCUAAGUGUAAUGUCGGGGUGGGGAACAAGCAUUUAUAGAUGUUUUAAAAAGGCCCCAAUACCUGAGUUGUGACAUUUCCAGAACACACUGAACGAUUUAAAGAAAAAUGCUGCUGUYGUGCCGUGAUCACAGAAAACUAAGAGGUGCCAAGUUGAAGAUGAAAAGGAACUCAGUUCAGGGCUUUUAUUUUAUUUUCAAAUCAGAAAAAGAGAAAUAUGAAAUCUUAAAAUUUCUUAAUGUAGAUAAAAAAAAAGGCAAAUCAAAAUAGAAAGUGCCACGUUUCUGGUGUUUUGUGUUGGGAAACAGGUUGUGAAUUAUUUGUCAUGUUUCCCUUCCCUGAAUGCCAGAUGCAUCAUGGGAAGUUAUGAAGAGACUUCAAAUUGGCAACCCUGACACCUCACAGAAGUGUCUGCCUGCCUGUUUCAAAGCCUUAUCAUAACCUGAAGUAGCUUUUUAAAGUUAUUUUUUAAGUGAUCAUUAUUGCCUUGAAUAUCGCAGAAACACCAUUAUUCCCACAGAGGAGGAACUUCAAUGUGCAGUAAAGGAAAGUAAAAUGUCCAUUCCUCAAAUUAAAGAGGAACCAAAACUAAAACUUUUUAAAGGUGUUAAUUUAACAAGCUUGGAUCAAGAAUGUUUGUGGUCAUGCUUAAUAAAUGUUACUUGAGGUUUUAUUAAACUGAUGUUUGAUCGUCUCUAGGUGUUUGAACAAAGAGAAACYGUAAUAAAAGUAUCCAACCUCUUUUUUUAAUUAUUUUUUUCGGCAAGUAGAUCAGUUUUUUUUUUUUUUUUUGGCAUAUUUGUUUACACCAAUUUGUUAUAUAUUUCCUCUUGAGAGGUUACAAACAAAAUAAACGAAACUCAAAAAGA